ACUUCCUGGGGCUUUAGACAGGCUGCACUAAUUAUUAUUCGACGUGUACUUAGCUCGGCUUUUAUUUUGAAACGUCAAACGCACAACCGGACGUUCUACCGUUAGUGACAGCUCAUUCUGAGACACCGGAAAUAGUCGUCGGUUUUGGUGACGCUGCAUUAGAGACUGCAAGACAUGGACCGGUCUAGGCUGUUUGGUUUGUUCUCCCUCCUGAGUGUGGCUCUUUCUGGAUCUCAGGCGCUCACCCCGGCUCACUACCUCUCCCUGUCCGAUGUGGCCCGCCUGCAGAAGCUCCUGAGCCAACAGUUCACCGACCUGGACUCCGCUUACUACUCUGUUGUUGGUCUGAGCAAGCUCGGAGCAUCUGUUCCUGAUCAUGAGGGAGUCUGCCAGUUUAUCAAGUCCCAGCUGGAUCCCACUAGUGUCGACUCACUCUUCUUUGCCGCUGAGACCAGUCAAGCCAUUUCAGGAUGUGAGAUCCCCGUGUCCAAUGAGACGCGGGACAUCCUGCUGGCGGCCGUCAGUGAGGACUCCACCAUGACUCAGAUCCACAGAGCGGUGAGCGCCCUCAGCUCUCUGGGCCUUCCUCUGACCUCACAGGAAGUAGUGGGAGCUCUGACCGGCCGCAUCAACAAGGAGGACAACGUCAUGGCAAUCACUUCGGCUCUGCUAACGGCAGCCCGUCUGUCAGAGGAGGCAGAGCUCGGAGGAAUCCUGGAGGAAAUCGAGGAUCUCACCGCUCGUUUGGAUGAUCUUGGAGGCAUCUACCUGCAGUUCGAAGAGGGACUUGAGGCGACCGCCAUGUUUGUGACCGCUGCUUAUUCCCUCUCUGAUCACGUGGACAUGGAGCCUCCACUGAAGGAGGACCAGGUGAUCCAGCUUGUGAACUCCAUCUUCGGUAAGAAGUCCUGGGACUCUCUCUCCGAGGCGUUCAGCGUGGCCAGCGCCGCCGCCGCUCUCUCCAACAACCGCUUCCACGUGCCGGUCAUCGUCAGCGCUCAGGGCCCGGCCACCGUCUCCCACAGCCAGCCCACCCUGCGGCUCCUCGUCACUGACAUCAUGUCUCAACCUCUGACCGCCGCCAACGUGCUGGUGGAGUCUGCGUACGCUGUGGCCUCCAAGAGCAUCAUCCUCAGCCAGGCUGCUUUCACACUCAACGACGGCGUCUUUGAACUGAACUUCAUGUCCACCCAGCCAGCCAGUGGGUAUUACCAGUUCACUGUCGCAGUGGCCGGGGACAGCCGGCUUGUGGCCAAUCAUGUGGAGCUCAAAGUGAAGGUGUCCACCGAGGUGUCCGUCACCAGCAUGGACCUCUCUGUGGUGGAUAAGGACCAGAGCAUCGGCACAAAGACCGUCAGGGUGGACUAUCCUUCCAAAGCCAAGAUCUCCUUCACCGCAGACAGCCACCAGAACUUUGCCAUGGCCUUCCAGCUGGUGGACGUGAACACUGGAGUGGAGCUGACCCCCCACCAGACUUUUGUCCGCCUGCAAAAUCAGAAAACGGGUCAGGAGGUUGUGUUCGUGGCCGAGCCCGACAGCAAGAAACUGUACAAGUUCGAGUUGGACAUGGCAGAGCGCAAAUCUGAGUUUGACUCCAUGUCCGGCACCUACUCCCUCCACCUCAUGGUCGGGGACGCUACCUUGGAGAAUCCCAUCCUGUGGAACGUGGCUGAUGUUGUUCUGAGGUUUGUGGACGAGGAAGCUCCAGUGGCCAUUCAGCCCAAAACUCUCUAUGUGCCCAAACCAGAGAUCCAGCAUUUGUUCAGAGAACCAGAGAAGAAGCCUCCCACCGUGGUUUCCAACGCCUUCACUGCUCUCAUCCUGUCUCCCCUCCUGCUGCUGCUGCUCCUGUGGUUUAAACUCGGAGCCAACGUCUCCAACUUCAACUGCACCCCCAGCACCGUCAUGUUCCACGUGGGACACGCAGCCAUCAUGGGCCUGAUGUACUUGUACUGGACUCACCUCAACAUGUUCCAGACUCUGAAGUACCUGGCCAUUAUCGGCACCCUUACCUUCCUGGCCGGGAACCGCAUGCUGGCACAGAAAGCAGUGAAGAGAAUGGAAAACAAAUAAAGAGCAAGAAAAUUAAAAGAAGACACCGACGAAGCAUUUUUUUUCGUUUUCCAUGGAGUAAAUUCAACGAUGCAUCAAAUCAGACUUUAAAACGUCCCGACCAACAGUUUAACAUGUCCUCCGUGUUGCCAAGAGGAAGAAAUCCCACGAGGACAAACGCUCAGCGACAGAUCCUUACUGCAAAGCUACUGAUCACUGCACUUCCUGUGAGAUUCGUUUUUCUGAUGCCGUGUUUUUCUGAGUCAGCUGGGUUUUUUAUUUGUGGUUCAUUGAUGGGUUUAUGUGUCCUUUUUUUUUUGUACAUUCCUCUGUUUUCACGCGCCGCCCGUUUCACCUCGCCACAGCUGUGUGUCGACUUGUUUCCUCUGAUAAAAAAAAAAAAGAAUCAAACAUUGGUAGUAGCACUGAUAUGUUGACUAACGAUGAAUGUGUUUGCCUGUUUGCUGCGUCAGACGUGUCCCCUUAUUUGAUACGGCGUGUGUGUGGCCGGAAGAAAAAAAAAUGUUGAUAAUGAAAUGUGGGCAAUUUGAGAAAAAGUGUUUUUGUAAUGAAGAAGAGGAAAUAAAGAAUUUGAGGUGAA